CCGUCCCGAGCCCUCACGUCCCUUGGAAUGAAUGAAACCCUAGGCCCCGUCUCUUUCUAGGGUUGAAAAAAUCACCGUCGAGAACCUCGAUCAAUCGGGCGAUUCCUGCGGAGGGAAGGUGGGAUUGGACUGCGGAACCGGUUUGUCCGUCGAUUGCGGAUCCUAUCGAUGGGGGAUUUGGCUUGCGUCGUCGUUCCCGGUCCAGGUUUGAUUUGGGAGAAUUUUGGGAUCAUGCGCUUGGUGUUAUGCGUCCGGAUCCGAAAUUAGGGAUUCAGUUUCCUCGUCAUGUAUGAUGGGUGGUAAAAUUUGGGGGUUUUCUUUCUUUCAUUGGGAUUCAGGAAUUGUAGAUGGAAAUUAGCCUCGAGAGAGCUGAAGCAUCCGACAUACCUAAGAAGCCGAGAUCUUUGGAUCUCCAGAGCAUUUACGUGAAGAAAUCAAGUAGUUCAGUUAUAAAAUCCUGGGCUGGGAGAGAGGUUUCGAGGUUGGAACAAGAAUCCAAAGUUCCCAAGAAGAAGCUUGGGUCAUCAUUCGAUGAGGUAGGAGAGAUUCUUUCAGAAUCCACAAGGAAACCAAGUAGAAAAGAGGUUUCUUUGAGCAAUCUCCAGCCUGAUUCUAGGAGGCAGCGCGGCAGUUUGAAUGUCUCAAGGCCAAAGCGAAACUACAUUUCCACCAGUGGAAGCGAUGCCACACAUGAUCUGGAUGGGUCAAAUGGGAAUGCACAAUAUUUAGCAAGCGAUCUUUAUUCGCCACUGCCAAACAAGACAGAUCAUGAAUCUCCGAGUGGUGUAACCUCUAAAAUCAAGAGCUAUUUCGGAGAAGAUCUCUUUAUACCGAAGCGGCCUAGGGGUAUUUCUAAGUGGAGAAAAGCUAAAGAUCCUAUCAGCUUCGAAGUAGCUUUUAGUAAUUCUAGUUAUGAGAGGAUUAAUACUGAUGCUCAGAAUAACAAAUCUUCCAUCGGUGAAAAUUCGAAUUCACAGGUGUUAAAUGACAAGCAGAUGUUGGAAGCUGAUGAUUUUGAGCUGAAUGGGUAUCAGAAAGAUGAUUCUGCUCCUUGCACCAGUGUUGAAAAUGACAGUCAUUUUAAGUCUGAUUAUAGAAAUUACGGAAGCAGAAUAAACUUGAAGAUGUCUGAACAGGGUUGUCUCGAGAGCGAUGCACCUCUGAUAGAUGACAGUGGGGAUUCAGUUGAGGUUUCUCAGGAUGAUGACGAGGAAAACCUUGAAGUGGAUGCUGCUAGAAUGCUUUCUUCACGAUUCGAUCCAAGUUGCACUGGUUUCUCCGGGAAAAGGACUACAUGUAUGGCAGAACCAGUAGAAGGUUUAACAUAUUUGCAGUCCGACCAUGCAAUGUCGAAGGUCUCACAGGCUGAAGCUUGUUCAGUAGAUGCUACAGGCCGGGUGCUGCGGCCAAGGAGACACAUUGGUAAAAGCUUUGCUAGGAAGCGUCGCCACUUUUAUGAGGUCUGCUCGAGGGAUAUGGAUCCCUAUUAUAUCGUUAAGCAGCGGAUCAGAGUGUUCUGGCCUUUGGAUAAAAAUUGGUAUUUUGGCCUGGUUAAGGGUUAUGAUCCUGUAACUAGGUUGCAUCAUGUUAAGUAUGAUGAUCGUGAUGAAGAAUGGAUUAAUCUCCAAAAGGAGAGAUUCAAGUUAUUGCUUUUCCCCAGUGAAGUUUCUAGCAAGUUUAAUUUUGGGAAACAGGGGUCGGAAUCAAGACAGAAUAACACAGAGGGAGAGCCAGAAGCCAUGGAGAGCAGUUACAUAGGCAGCCUCCUGGAAUCAGAACCCAUUAUUUCAUGGUUGUCACGAACUACUCGCCGCGUUACAUCCUCCCCUUCUAGUACCAUAAAGAAGCAUCUCAGAGUUAGUCCUCUGAAGGACAUCAGUCCUGUGUUACUAGAAUCAAAGGAAAGUAUGUCUAUGAAUCCAUUGGAUAAGAAUCCAAAUAAAUUAUUUUUUAAUUGCAAUGAGUCGGAGCAGUCAUGUGAUCAGAACUUUAACAGAUUUUCUGAGCUGAAGAGGAGUGUUGACUCUGAAUGCAGGAAGUUACCUUAUGUUUAUUUCAGGAAACGGUUUCGCAGUAAAAGGGACGUUUUGGACACUAGAGUGGUGCAGGGUGCUGCUCCUGGUGGUCCAGGUGGUUCAGUGAGAAUUCAUGCCUCAGUUGCUAACAGCAAAGCAGCUGCAGAGGAACUCAAUAUGAUUGUGACAUGGAAAGAAUUUAAAGUAGUGAUAUUUAAACUGAACCUACCGCCUCAGUGUACUCUGGAACUCACUUUUCAAAGAGAAAGUCUUUGGCUCUGCCAAGCCCUUUAUAUUAUGCAUCAUGGUGAACUAGUUCAUGCAUGGCCGGUUGUUCGCAUGGAAAUAUUUUUUAUUGACACUGUUCCUGGAUUAAGGUUUCUUUUGUUUGAGGGUUCUUUAAAGCGUGCAGUGUCUCUUUUAUGUUUGAUCAUCACAACAGUCAGUGGACAUGUUGUGAAGAGUGACUUUGCCGAGCCAGAAAGUCCUUGCUCAUCAAUUGGACUUAGGAUUUCAAGCUUACACAAUUUAGGUAGGAAACUUCUUUUUGUUUUGAGUACCCUUUCCAAGAUAGAGAGUUCAAAAUGGAGAUAUCUUGAAGAUAAACUGAAAAAGCUUUUCGCAAAGGAGGCAUUAUCUACAGCUGAGUACAUGUGUUCAAACAUCCAGAACCUUGCUAGUAGUCAAAUACUCAGCAGUUCUAUUAAAUCAAUCAAGAGAUUCUGGGGAAGAUCAAGCCUAGUUCAUAGAUUCAAUCUGAAGAAAUUGGUUGAUCCAAAUGUGAAUUCUGUCAUUCAUUAUUUGGCUCAAGAUCAGAAGAAGCCUCUUCUCUGUUCCCUUUAUUUUGCUGCUGCGCCUUCAUUUUCACUCGGUCUUCAUCUCAAGUUGUUGAAUGAGAAAGACACAGCUUCUCUUUGUUCUGGAGACUUCAAUAUAGUUUCUUCACAAAAUUAUGCAGACAAUAAUGAUAAAUUGACAGCUGAUGGUCACACUUCUCUUGAGGAUCCUUUUAAGCAUGCUCUGGAAAAGCUUGAUAACUUAAUAUCCUCUUUGAGCGAGGCUGAAGCAACUCAUGGAAGACCAAGCUUAGAUGCUUUGUCUGCUGGGAGUAAUAGCGAUUUGAAUAGAGUUACUAAGAAUUUCUUUACUAGCGAGGAUAAUGUGAUUCAGAAUUCUGUAGAUAGUAGUGCUGUGGGGAAAAGCAUUAGUGGUGAGGGAGUUGUUCAAUAUGGAAGAUUCCAAUGUGAGGAUGGAACAUCUCAAUUUGCUGAGGAUACUUGUUCUGAAUGUCCUGAACAGUCUUCUUUUACAGACAAGUCUCUUGCUGGAGGAUGCAGUUCUUUUGUCAAAACUGCCAAUGUGGAGGUUCAAUUGUUUGAAGUUGAAAAACAUUCUCUUCAUAAGGGAUUGCUGUCUGCUGACUCUACAUCCAACUUGGUUCUUGAUCUGAAUGAACACACAAUCCACAGUCCAACUGCUCCACGAAGCAUGUGGCAUCGCAAUCGGCACACUUCACUUUCACGGACAUUUAUUCACCACCCAAGAUUGGGUUCAAAAGAUGAUGUAGAAAAUGCUUUCACUAGUGGCUACAAAAGGCCCCGGACCCAGGUUUCAUAUUCACAAUUAUCUGGAAGUUAUGGACACGCUGCAAAAUCCCAAAGCAAUCACCAGAAGGUACAAUCUCAUAAAAAAGUUAAGACUGUUAUUGCAAAUGUUUCAUCCAAUUGUUCCAGAAGUCAUCAAAGUUACCUGGACUCGUUAGCCUGUGAUGCUAAUGUCCUUGUCACUCAUGGAGACAAAUGUUGGAGAGAAUUUGGAGCCAAGGUUCAACUUGACUGUGAUGAUCAGAAGAAUUGGAGGAUAAUCAUAAAGGUUUCAGGGGCUAUUAAAUAUGCCUACAAGGCACACCAUGUUCUGCAGCCUGGAACCACAAAUCGUUACACUCAUGCUAUGAUGUGGAAAGGGGGAAAAGAAUGGAUGUUAGAGUUCACUGACAGAAACCAGUGGUAUAUUUUCAAACAAAUGCAUGAAGAAUGCUACAACCAGAACGUUAGGGCUGCUUCUGUUAAGAACAUUCCCAUUCCGGGAGUUCGCCUACUUCCAAAUGGUGAUGAUGGUUGUGUUGAAGUGCCUUUCAUUCUCAGUUCAUCGAAGUACUUUCGGCAGGUGGGAACUGAGGUUGACUUGGCCCUGGAUUCUUCUCAUGUGUUGUAUGACAUGGACAGUGAGGACGAGGAAUGGAUAUCCACAGUGAGAGCUAAUAUGGAUGCCAAGGAUAAUAAAAUGACUGAGGUUACAGAUGAUAUGUUUGAGAGGGUCAUGGACAUGCUUGAAAAAUUUGCAUACACUCAACAAUGUGAAGAGAUCACCAAUGAUGACAUAGAAAAAUACAUGGCUGAUGAUGGACCAGCAGACACAAUUGAAGUUAUUUACGAGCAUUGGAGGCAAAAGAGAAGGAAAAAAGGUUUACCUCUGAUUCGGCAAUUUCAGCCUCCUCUGUGGGAACUUCACCAGCAGCAACUAAACCAAUGGGAAUCAAACAUGAACAAAACGCCACUGCAGCCCGUAGGCUGCCAUGAGAAAGCACAUUCAUUGAAGAAACCGCCUAUGUUUGCCUUCUGUUUGAGACCGCGAGGCUUGGAAAUACCAAACAAAGGUUCAAAGCAGAGGUCUCACAAGAAGCUCAUAUUCACUGGCCACCAUAAUGUUUUAAUGAGAGAACAAGAUUGUUUCCAUACACCGGGGAGAAAAACGGAUGGAAUUUCAGUUGGGGAGGUUGCUAUCUCGAGCUAUGAAUCUUCCGAUUCUUAUCAUGGGCCUCAGUCUCGAUCUACCUUUUCACCAAGGGAUACUGCAAGCACAGAAUCCUUUUUCACUAAUGAUGGAUCAGAGAGAUGUCCAGACCCAAAAUUUUACAGAAGUACUUCAAAGAAGUUUGAUCCGUUCCUGUCUCCCAGGGAUCCUCAAGGGUCACCAUUCUCAGGUAAUCAAAGAUCAAAUAGGAAUGGACUUAAUAGAUGGAGUUCUGAACUUUGUGAAUGGUCCAACACAAGGCAAUCUCAAUCUACUGGUUUUCAUAGACAUCAUGCCGACAUGGAUGAGUUCAGGUUGCGCGAUGCAACAAGUGCAGCUCAGCAUGCAUUAAACAUGGCCAAGCUUAAGAGAGAGAAAGCACAGUGGUUGCUACACAAAGCAGAUCUUGCCCUUCAUAGAGCUACGGUUGCACUUAUGACUGCAGAGGCAAUAAAAGCGUCUGAGAAAGAUAUUAUCGGUGAUGGAUAAUAUAUCGAUAUCGUGGAUUUACUGGUCAGCAGUUUUUCAUAAGUUUUAUAUCAUUUUGCUGGACAACAGCUCUUUUGGAAAGUGACUUUGGCAUCAUUUUCUUGCAAGAGAUCAUUAUAGUCGAAUGAAUACCCAUGAAUUCAAAGUGAUAUUGACACAUGGACGCUGCGUGCAGACAGAAUUGCUCUUUGAAAAUUUUGCUCAGCUGCUUCAGUUUAACGAUAUCAGCUUCCUGCUGUAGCUUGCGUCGAUGGGGAUUCGUAUCCCCGGAGGUAGUGUGUAGUUUUUGGUGCUAAUUUUGUACAGAAAUUUUCCGUCUUCUACCUGUAUUCCUGAAAUCUCUAAUGAUAGCGCCUUUCGUACUAAAUUUUACGCUCACUGAAAUUUUCUUUCUUAUUGGAUUACUGGCUAUCUGAUGAGUGAAGUCGAUAAUAUGUUGUUCGUUUGUACUCGUCAUUUCUGAAAUUAUAUAUUACCCAGUGUUGAUCACUUCAAAAUUCCAAAAUGUAAGUGAAGUGUGUGAACUUAAUGUUAUGAGCAUCACGAGAUACGGAGAUCUCUCCAUCAUUUUAUACUGUUGUAUGUUUUCUAAGUUUAGAUUAAUAAUAUAUCCAUGUGAAAUCUUUCAUUCAUGACAGUCUUUUAUUUGCUUUUAGAGAAAUGGAAAUGGAUUUUUAAUUUGAAUAUUGGAUGAGUAUGAACUGCAAUAACGGGAAACAUUGGAUGUUUUCGAUCAGAUGUUGUCGUACAUUAGAUCUCCACUUGGCUCGGUAUGUACCACCAAUUGCAGGCGCUCGUCAGCCAUAUAUAACCAUUGACAGCAGAGUCAUCGUCGUCCACAGGCUCACACCCACAGUUCUUGGUGGCCACUCGGUAAUGGAGCUGAAGCAGCAGCAGCACUUCUUGGUGGCCACCUUCCCCUUCCAAGGCCACAUCAAUCCGGUCCUCCACCUCGCCAAGCACCUCGCCCACUCCGCCGCCGGCCCCCUCGUCACCUUCUCCACCACCCUCUCGGCUCACCGACGCAUGUUCCCCUCGGCCCCCGACCACCACGACGUCUACGACGGCCUCCUUUCCUAUGUCCCCUUCUCCGACGGCUUCGACGACGGCGACCGUGGCGGCUUUGCCGGGUUCAACCGUUUCAUGGCCGAGUUCAAGGUCACCGGGCCCCGCAGCCUCUCCAGCAUCGUCGCCGGCCUCGCCGCCCGCGGCCGCCCCGUCACGUGUAUCGUCUACACCAUGCUCCUCCCUUGGGCCGCCGACGUGGCGCGCGAGUACGGCAUCCCCUCCAUCCAUUACUGGAUCCAGCCGGCCACCGUGUUCGCCGUAUAUUACCACUACUUCCAUGACUACGGUGCUGUCGUGGACGCCCACCGCGACGACCCCUCGUUUACGGUGACCUUCCCGCGGCUGCCGCCCAUCAAGAUUAGCGACGUCCCGUCCUUCCUCACCUCGCCUGUGGAUCACCCUCUCUCCUCCGUCUACCUGACCUUGCGCGAGGCGUUUGCGGCGCUGGACACUGAGAAGGCCGCAUCCUCGUCGAAGCCGAGGGUCCUCGUUAACACGUUCGACGAGCUGGAGCCGGACGCGCUGGCGGCGGUGGACGAGAUCGACAUGCUGACCAUCGGGCCACUGAUUCCGUCCUGGUCGUUCUCUGGCACCGCCGCUCCCAAAGACACCGAGACUGGCGCCGGCGGCGACAUCUUCAAGCCAGACGACAAGGGGUACAUGGAGUGGCUGGACUCGCAGCCGGAGUGGUCGGUGGUGUACGUCUCCUUCGGGAGCUUGCACCACUUCACCAAGCGAGAGCUGGAGGAACUGUCGGCGGGCCUGGAGGAAUGCGGCCGGCCGUACAUGUGGGUGGUGCGGCGGGACAAUAGGGAAGAGGGGAACCUACGAGAAGGGAGCGGUCAAGGGAUGGUAGUGGAGUGGUGUUCGCAGGUGAAGGUGCUGUCGCACGCGGCGGUGGGCUGCUUCGUGACCCACUGCGGGUGGAACUCGAUGCUGGAGAGCCUAGCGUGCGGCGUGCCGACGGUGGGCGCGCCGCGGCUGUCGGAUCAGAGGACGAACGCGAGGAUGGCUGACGGCGCGUGGGGGACCGGGGUGACCGCGGAGCUCAGCGAGGACGGCGUGGUCGAGGCCGAGGAACUGAAGCGGUGCGUGGAACUGGUGAUGGGGGAGGGGGAGGGAGGCAAGGAGAUGAGGAAGAAGGCAGAGCAGUGGAAGGAGAGAGCCCGGGCGGCCGUCAGCGAAGGAGGGUCGUCGGAUCGGAAUCUGACGGCAUUCCUUGAGGAGAUCGGUAAAGGGUCGUAACGAACAUUUGCAGUGGCAAGCAAUAUUUAGAAUAAAUAAACCUCUUUUAUUUUCGAUACCGAACGUUUGUCAUUGAUGACCGUAAUGUAACUCUUUUGUGGUG